AUGAAUGCUUCGGGGGUCAACGUGAAUGAAGCUCGUCGAGCUGUUCCUGCAAGACAUCCUCGCCCCUUAUCCUCUGCUGAAAGAAAUCAGCAAGAACCUAGUUCAUCCUCUGCCAACAGUAGACCAAAUGGCGGAUCAAAUGUCAUUAACUUAGAUGAUCUAACUGGAGAUGUUGAUGAGGAAGUCAAUACUUCCCUCUCAGACAGAUAUCUCAAGUGGCAAGAUCUCAGUGAAGUGCUUUUGAAGAGCUAUAUAGAAAGCCACGAAUUGCAUGGCCAUGCCGAUCCAUGCCUUGACGCGCCGAUAAUUACUGGAACGAAGCCCCAAAGCUGCGAUUGCACCUCCAGAAUCACUUCAUGGCCUAUCAAUGGCUUCAUGAUGUUUAAGCGAUGUGUUUUCCAAGUGGAGUAUUGCUCGCACCAAACAUUGCUCGAGUCGCUUUUGAUGUCUCAAAUGAUGCCAACAGCAACUGUGUUUCCCAAGUCUGCAGUGCAUUUCUCCCUCUUUGAGUCUAUGAUUGACAAUCGCUUAAAUGCGUACUCAUCGGUUUAUGGCUUUGUUAAAGCAAACAAUGCUAGCAACCUGAGACUCUCAAGCUAUGAUCCCAAAAGAUCUAGACAGAUUGAUAUUGUUGAUAGUGGCAAUCCAAACAUCUUUCUCACUUCUGAGGCUGAGAAAGCAAAGUUUGGUGACAAAGCAAAUGUCGAUAAAUAUGAUCAAGCAGAGGCUGCUGCGACCGAGGAUUGUCUUCUGGAAAAUUUAGAUAGCGAGUUUCAGGCUCUCAGCAAUAACCGCAGAACUACCAGCAACCGCUUUGAUGAAAAUGGUGUCUUCAGUAUAAAUUGUGCUCGUCAUGGAAUUGUUGAAAGACCAUUUGAUAUUUUUGAGGGAGAAGGGAGAAAGUAUGCUUUGGCUGGUGUAGAACAUGUCAUCAAAAACUUGGAAGAAGAUCAGAAACUUCUGAUUAUGUAUGAUGUAGCAUGCGCAUGUAGAGAAACUUUCUACAAAGCUUUCCUAGAGCUUCAAAGCGAGCGUGAUGUGUGGUAUGCGGUGAGUAUUUUUCAUGCGUACGCACAUAGUGCUGCUUGCCAAGCCAAAAACAACCCCAGGUAUGUGGAUCAUGCGCUAGGAUUAACAGAUGGAGAAGGAGCAGAGAGAUUUUGGUCGUUUGCCAAUCAUUUCGUCGCGCAAAUCAGGUCGAUGAACAAAGCUAACCGUAGAGCAAUGAUUGUUCAAUUGGCUGAGGCAUAUUGCGACGAGAAGAUGAUAGAAUUGCCAAAUUCGUUCGUGAAAAAAUACGACAAAGCAAUGGACACUAUCAGACAACUCAACAUGACCAAGAGUGCCUACAACAGUUUCAAAGUACAGUGGAAUAGCCACAGAACUGCGCUCGCUGUGCCCUUUUCCAACGUGAGGAACUCCCAAAGGCUACAUGAAAGGGCUGAAGGAAAUAUCUUGCUUAUGAACGAUAUUAAGCAUGAGUAUGCAGUGACAGCUGGUCAACUCAUUUUCCUCGACUCAAGAGAUUCGCCUAUUACAAGUGGCUAUAUAACUGGCUUGAAGCGUCAGCUGGAAGCAAAACUCAAUGAACUCGAGCGACUAUUUCCUCAGUUAAUUGUCCAUGGAGGAAGGCCGACAACCUUUGGUCACAUUACAAUGCAGCAAUACUUUGAUGCAAUCAAAGAUGAAUGCCACAACAUAUUAGUUAAAGUCUUAAGACAACUAAUCUUUUCCAUUUUCAUGAACGAUAAUGAGCUUCGUAGGCCCAAUUCGACUGGAACUGAUAAAGCUGCUAGGCUGCUAGUAUCCAUUGCCUCCUCUACAAAGAAGGCUGGAUUAGUAGUAGAUAGCAUUAACAAUUUUGUCGAUAGAAACUUUGGAGUGCCCAGUGUCGCAAUUGAGCUGCAAAGGCUCAGAAACAAUGAAGAUGCUGAUUUCUUGAGACUGUCCCAAGGAAUGAAAGACUGGCAUACCCAUAGAAAGUGUGUCGAGGAAACAUCAAUUCUUGUUGAAGAGGCACAGAGAUACGAGCAGAACUUACUCGCUCGUAUUGAUGGCAUCUAUGAAGCUGCUCGCCAGAAGCACUUGAUCAAGAUAGAUUAUCUCAAGUGGGUAUGGCUGUAUAAAAAAAACAAAUGCCACUUGAUGGAAAUCUUGAAAAAGAAUCCACCAAGGUACAACCCCGAGGAAGGAGAUGAUGAUUUGGUAGUCGUUUGCUUUGCUGACAGAAGUGAUGUCCACGUGUUCUCGCCAAGACCACUUGCUGAUGACCGCGCAGAUGAAGAAGACAUUGUUGGCAGUGAUAAUGGUAGAGACGAUGAAGUCGAUGAUGAUGAUGAAGAGAGCGAUGGUGGCGAUGAUGAUCGUGGUCAUGGUGAUAGUCAAACAAGUAUGGCUGACAGCAUAGCGUCUACACUAGCCUCAGUUAUGCUCGAGCAGUCUACUUAG